AUGGCACACCAGGGACCAGGCACCUUUCCGGAGCAUUACCAAGCCCACUGCUCCUCCAUAGAUACAGUGUCAGCUGUUCUCGACGAGGGAGACCAACCAGACCAUAUUGAGUACUUUCAAGGUUAUGUCCAGUUUUACGAGCGUGGCUUGCCAGGCGAAUUGACAGCAGAAACCAAAGAAAGUAUUUUGGAUAAACCAGAUCUGGUGGAAAUGAGGGAUCGAAUCGAAUUCUUUGAACAAAGCCAUGACGAAAAGUCCCUCAAGAACGGGAAGUUGGAAUACAGGAAGGCACUGGUUCGACAUCGCCUUUUUGAGCUCAAACAAUAUCAAAAUCGGUGGGUACAGGAGAAAAGAGACCAAAAAAUUCUCAAUCGGGGAAAGAAAGAGCCGAUGCCCUUGGAAAACGACAUUCGCACGCGCGCUCAAAUGUUGAUUAUGCCGGAGGUUGCACGAAUUGCAACAGCUAUGUCCUGCGCCAAAGAGCUCUCUUUUGACGAAAAACUUCUUUUGGUCCAAGAUCUACAAACGCAAUGUGUCCAUGAUUUUGACGUGGUAUACCUCCCAAAUGAAAGCCCGAUUCAAGGGCUCUGUCCUGCAAAAGGUUGCCAAAUCAACAUUUCAAGUCUGAGGAAAUGUGACCGAAGUGUCCACAUUCACGAAUGUGUCCGGCGUGAGAAAGCUUUUGACCUUCAAAUAUCAGAAUCAAGGAUGCGAUUUUGUUACGAAUGCAUGGAAUGGUUUUUGUCCAGUCAAUGGAGGAACCAUUGUGAUUUCCAUCUCCAGUCAUGGCAAGUCCAGCACUGCGAAGUGAUCCUCUAUCGCCAUACCGUCAUUCGCCCCGGCUACUGCCCUUUUUGCUUGUGGGACCUCGAUCUUCCUGCGGAAGACCGGUUGCAAUACUGGUUGCGGAGUGAUAACUUGAGGGAACACAUUGAGGGACAGCACAUGGCUGGUAUCCAGUGGUCCACAAAAAAACAAAUGUGCGGGUGCUCUCGAACAUUCGACAAUGAGCGUGACCUUCGACACCACUUACACGACGUGCACGGGCUAAAGGAAGCCAUAUGGCAAAAUCCAAAACCACCAAGAAAGAGAAAACGCGCCUGCAAGGUAGAAGCACAAAGCUCUGCAGCAGAACCAGAAGAAGAGCGCCCCAAGAAAAUACGAUUUUAUUGCUACCCGCCUCCGCGUCAUGAACAUGAGCACUAUCUGUCAAACAAAAUAUUUGUCCCCGUCCCGACCUUGCUUUCGUUUGUCGAAGAGUAUCCAGAACAAUAUUGCUGCUCUAGUACAAGUGACAAGUCCGGUUCGAGCAGCAGAAGCAGCUCAGUUGCAUCUUGCUUCUCCGCGGCAAAUUCCUCACUCAGCUCGCGGCCAACAACUCCCGGACUUGAGGUCAUCGAUCCGAGACUCCUCGAGCCUUUUGACUUCACCAAGGAGAAUGGAAGCUGGUCUUGUAAUCAAGUAUCCAUGCAGCUGGAUUCACUUAAUCUCUCUUCGGAACGGGAGACAAAGGAAGAGUCCUCUAGUGAGGGGAUACAGCCACCAUCUCCCGUCCCAAGCCUUGACAAUUAUCCCAUUGGAGAUUUUGUUAGCAACAAAGCAAAUGAGGAGGCGAAGAAGGCUUUGAAAAAUGAUUUUCUCGCACUUAUGCCUCCCAGCGGCCAAGAUAUUGCGGUAGAAGACAAGCGCGGGAGUUGUUUUCUUACACAGACGGACGCCGGUGAUGGGAACCCGCCUCAUGGUGAUCAAGUCCAUGUUGCUAGUCUUCGCGAACCCCUCAGCAGAGCCAAGACAAGAUCACAGCUGCCUCUGCAUCAUGCAGAUGAUUUGAGCACUCGCAAGCCACGCCAGAAGCUCAAUGCAAAAGAAAAACGAAAGAUGCUUGAGCUCAAAGACCAGAAUCUGACUCCGAGGCAGAUUGGGCAUCACUUCGCGGACAUAGAUACGACUUAUCUGCGACAGGUUUGGAUGGACAUGAAGCCUUCUCAGCGAUGCACCAGAUCACGGGCUAAUCGGAUGGGCGGCUAA